GGCGGAAUGCGGAGACUGGGCGGAGUUGAUCCGUGCUCUCCAGACGGCCAGCGCUGCCACUUUCUCACCUCCGCUUGCUGAUCUUCCUCUUUGAUCUUCGAUCGCCAUAACACCACCCCUCCCCGGCGUUGCUUUUGACCAGCCUUGCACCGGCUACUUCUUGGUCGCAUGCUGUAAUUAUGUCUCGCGUUGGAUAUGCUGCUGGUACAGCAUCCCCUCUGACGCGCCAGGGCGAAGUGACCGGUACGAUGUCUCGCAUCUAUCAGCGAUCGUACCCCGUCCUUGACACUAUCGCGCUGGCGUGUAUUGUCGGCUUUUGGGUAUUGAUACAGUUAUUUGUGACUCCGUUCCAUCGUAUGUUCUCCUUAGACAACAAGGCAAUCCAAUUCCCCUUCGCAGUCGUCGAGAGAGUCCCAGUCGUCUGGUCCAUAGUCUAUGCUGGGGUCAUUCCCUUCCUCGUCCUUCUCGUCUGGGCUGCGACCUACCGACCCACCCCUCAUAAAGUUCAAGUGACCUUGCUGGGCUUUCUGAUCGCCGUGAUGUUGACCUCGCUCAUUACCGAUAUAAUCAAGAACUCCGUUGGCAGACCACGACCGGAUUUAAUCUCUCGCUGCAUGCCCAAGAAGGGAACGUCGGCUGAGUCGUUGGUCGCAUGGACGGUUUGCACGCAGACGAGUGAGCAUAUCCUCCAGGAAGGAUGGAGAAGCUUUCCCAGUGGACACAGCAGCUUCUCCUUUGCUGGAUUGGGAUAUUUGACUCUGUUCUUGUGCGGCCAGAUGCGCAUCUUUCGACCCAGGACUGACCUAUGCCGUGGUCUCGUGGCGUUUGUGCCGCUGCUGUGCGCUCUGAUGAUUGCCAUCUCUCGUUUGGAUGACUACCGCCAUGAUGUCUACGAUGUUACCUGCGGCUCAAUUCUUGGAUUUCUGGUGGCUCAGUUUUCUUAUCGCCGCUACUUCCCACCGCUGCGCUCGGCAACAUGCGAUGAACCCUAUGGAAGAGAUGAAAUCUCGGGCUCCGAGGGCUUCUCGAAACUCGCAGAUGAUGAAGAGCAACAGAUCUUUGGCCACGGCUCGACUUCGCGUCAAUGGGAGUCUAGAGAGGAGUCCUACGCGCUUGCCGAGACAACGUCGCCUCGAGCACGCUAGCUAUACCAUUUACACGUACCUUAUCUUGUCUCAUUUUUCGUGAUACCCUCGGGCUAUGUAAGGUGGUAUAAGGAUUUCCUGGACUGUCUGUGCAACUCGCCCAUCCUAUCUUAGUACUUCCGAUCUAUGCGUUGCACGUGAUACAUGUAUGGAUAAUUAUAUUGUUGUUGUUAUACAUUUUGCAAUUGUCUUG